AUGCGUGAGGCAGCAGACCGCGGCGGCGCGUGGGGCUGCAGGGCGCACCGGCAGUGGGCUGUGACGGCGCAGGCGGCAGCGGGGUGCGCCGGCACGGGUGCUAACAGGCCAUGGUCACAGGCGGCAGAGGGCAUGGACUGCCUCGAGACAAAAUUUCCCCAAAAAUCCAUGGUUUCCGAUUUCUGCUGA